UAAGAUCUCUCGUCAAUUUUUAUCUAAUUAAGUCUAUUUAAAUGAUAUAUUAUUUCAUUGCACAAUUAAUGUAAUAUAUCUCAUUGUAUAUGUAACAACAAUUACAACGAUAAUUUUUACUCGUGGACGAGGAAAUAUUGCCAUGACGUCACCAGCCGGGGUCGCCAUCGUUCUUUCCACUUUCUGCCGGCGAGUUUGUCAGUUGCACAAGAGUUUUUCAUCAACCACCGUUAGAUACCAUUCCAGAAUGUCUGUUACUAAAGUACAUGCACGGGAGAUUUUUGACAGCCGUGGUAAUCCAACAGUUGAAGUAGAUCUCCAUACAGCAAAAGGUCUGUUCCGUGCUGCUGUACCCAGUGGUGCAUCAACUGGCAUCUAUGAAGCUUUAGAAUUGAGAGACAAGGAUCCUUCAAGAUUUCUUGGAAAAGGUGUCAGCAAGGCUGUAUCCAAUGUCAAUGAUACUAUUGCUCCUGAACUUAUCAAAUCUGGCUUGAAUGUGAAAGACCAAAAAGAAAUUGAUCAGUUUAUGCUGAAGUUGGAUGGUACAGAAAACAAGUCCAAGCUUGGUGCCAAUGCUAUACUUGGAGUCUCGUUAGCAGUUUGUAAAGCGGGUGCAGCUGAGAAGGGAGUUCCACUUUACCGUCAUAUUGCUGAUUUGGCUGGCAAUCCUGAAGUCAUUUUACCAGUUCCAGCCUUCAAUGUCAUCAAUGGUGGAAGCCAUGCCGGCAACAAACUUGCCAUGCAGGAAUUCAUGAUCCUCCCAACUGGUGCUGCUAGUUUCACUGAAGCAAUGAGAAUGGGAAGCGAAGUAUACCAGAAUCUUAAGAAGGUUAUCAAAGAUAAAUAUGGCCUUGAUGCAACUGCUGUUGGUGAUGAAGGUGGAUUUGCUCCAAAUAUUCUUGACAACAAAGAAGCUCUUGAAUUGCUAAAACUUGCCAUUGAAAAAUCAGGCUACACAGGCAAGAUUAAGAUUGGUAUGGAUGUUGCAGCCUCAGAGUUCUUCAAAGACGGCAAAUACGAUUUGGAUUUCAAGAAUAAGAAUUCUGACGCCAAUAAAUAUGUGAGCAAUUUGAUUGAGGAGGAGCUUGGUGACAAAGCUACAUAUGCUGGGGAGAAGUUCAGACAUCCUCUCAAAUAA